AUGGUUUCCGCUUCUCAGAUUCUGUUCGGCACCCUCAGCCUUCUUUCCCCGACUCUCGCUCUCCCAACCAAUCCCCUCGUGUUGGAAUCUCGACAAACUGUCAACCUUCCCAUCACGCUCACUGCAUAUGCUCCCGAUAAUACCAAUCUGAACGGCGCCAAAGCACAAAAUGGUGGAAGCCUUUUCGGCGAGCAAGUCGCCCAGUACUGUCCCACAAUUGUUGGCGACAGCUGCCCCAAUGGCACUGAAACUGUUUACUGGGGCGGAUUGACACCUUCUUCCAUGGUACCCGGCGGCCAGGACCUUUACGUCAGCGCCGACGGUAGCAUUCACAUCACCGUCCAGCACUCGCACUACAUCCCCUCAGACGCCUACCCCAGCUACCAAGGCUGGGUUUACAACACUCUACCAUCCGCCAACGACACUGAUCCUGCUCCCAUGCCCAACUGCCCCCUUGACGAUCCUCGCUACAACUGCGAUACCCCCAUGGGCUAUUACACCUUCCAUGCUCCUGACGCUCCUGCGGAUGUUGGAGGCGUCGUGUCCUGCCCCUACCUGGACUCCCCGGACCACUUCUCUGCUUACGCCGUGACCCCAAAUUUCAAUCGCACCGACUGCACUCCCAUGCUGGGCUUGGGCAGUCAUCACUACACGGGCGUCAAUCCGCCAGUGUGGGCGUACUGA